AGCGUGUGUUCGUUCUUCCGGUGGAGAUGGCUGCGGCCGCGGUGGCGGUCGUGCGAGGGGGUCUCCUGCCCCAGGCGGGCCGGCUGCCCACUCUCCAGACUGUCCGCCAUGGCUCCAAGGCCGUCACCCGCCACCGACGCGUGAUGCACUUUGAGCGGCAGAAGCUGAUGGCGGUAACAGAGUACAUCCCCCCCAAACCUGCCAUCAACCCAAGAUGCCUGCCGCCUCCCCCCAGCGACCCCAAGGAGGAGACAGGCCUCAUCCGGCUCCUCCGGCGGGAGAUCGCGGCGGUGUUCCGAGACAACCGGAUGAUCGCUGUGUGCCAGAACGUGCCCCUGAGUGCCGAAGACAAGCUUCUCCUGCGGCACCAGCUGUGCAGGCACCAGAUCCUGACGAAGGUCUUCCCCAACCAGGUCCUGAAGCCCUUCCUGGAGCAGUCCAAGUACCAAAGCCUGCUGCCCCUUUUUGUGGGGCAUAACAUGCUGCUGGUCAGUCAGGAGCCCAAGGUCAAGGAGAUGGUGCGGAUCUUGAAGAGUGUGCCUUUCCUGCCACUGCUCGGUGGCUGUGUGGAUGACACCAUCCUCAGCAGGCAGGGCUUCGUCAACUACUCCAAGCUGCCCAGCCUGGCCCUGCUGCAGGGGCAGCUGGUCGGCGGGCUCGCCCUCCUCACGGCUCAGACCCACCACCUGCUGCAGCAGCAGCCUGUGCAGGCGACGGCCCUUCUGGCUCAGUACGUCAGACAGCAACAAGAUGGAGACUCCGCCGUGUCUGCCAGCGGGAAGCCGGACCCUCCUGGCCCUGUUCCGGACUCCUAACCGGCCCAGUUCACCCAGCCCUGCCCACACAAAUGCUCUGCCCCACUUGGUUGUGCAGGGGCCUGGAGGAACUUGGGGUGGGGAGUGGCAUUUGUGACUCGGCUGCCGCCGACAGCAGCGUCCUCUGGCACAGACCUCGCUGGAUGCAGAGGGCUCCAGAGGGGAGGCUGUUGGAUCCUGUCACUGUCCGUCCUUUUCCCGGCUUGGGACUUGGCACGAGCAAAGGCUCUUUUUCAGCUGUCCAGGCCCAAGGAGGAGAAGCUGAAGAGAUGAGGGCACCGACCCUGCCUCCUCCUUGAUCACGGUCCCCAGUCUGUCCCCUCACACGUUCAGGAGCUCAGGGAGUGUCCUAGGAGUGGCACCCUUGAGAGCUUGCUGAGUACCAGGUUCCAUGCUCAGCCAUGUCUGUCUUUCAGUUCCUUCGUUCCCUACCAUGCUGCCCUCAUUGUCAGAGAAGAAAAUGAGGGGCAGAGAAGCUGAACAGCCUGCACAAGGCCACACAGCUGGCAGGUGGCGGAAUGGGCACUUGAACAGGCCCACUCUGCUUGCCAGACCUACCCUGAAUUUUGACAUCAGAGCUUUCUCCUUAGCUUACCCAGAAGUGGGUGCCAGGUGUGCUCGGAUGGGACUUCUCCGCCCUCAGGGCGUGCCGGGUUGUGGCUUUAUGAUCAAAUAAAAUGUGUUUUCCUUGCA